CGCUCCCAAGAUGGCGGCGCCCUCUUGUCUCGCCGGGGGCGGGUGAGGUCAGUUCCGGGGAGGUGCCGCCGCGGUGCGGUUUGGGGCGAACAAAAGGAGCCGGCGAGCGGGAGGGCGGGGGCCGAGGCGGGCAGGGAAGCUGUUCCCAUGGCGUGUGGGGAAUGCAACGCUUCAGCACCCGCUCAGGAUCCAGCACGCAGGAACAUCAUCCACUUCCAGCACAGAGAACUGAAGUGCAGAUAGCGGAACCCAGCUGCAGGAUCAGCGUGUUCAGCGUUAAUGGUGAGGCUGUGCUGCACACGGCAGGUAGGUGCCCUGCAGGCUGCAGCAGGGAUGGUCCUCUGGCUAAAGGAAUCCUUGGAUCCAGGGGAAUCUGCAGGCACUGAAGAGGUGAAUCAUGAUUCCAGUCACUGAAUUGCGCUACUUUGCUGACACUCAGCCAGCAUACCGCAUCCUGAAGCCAUGGUGGGACGUCUUCACGGACUACAUUUCCAUCGUGAUGUUGAUGAUUGCGGUGUUUGGAGGGACGCUUCAGGUCACCCAGGACAAAAUGAUUUGUUUGCCCUGUAAAUGGGUUACCAAAGACUCUUGCAAUGACUCAGUCAGAGGUUGGACAACCACAACCCCAGAACGUACCUACUAUAAUUCUAGUCUUCUUCCCUCGACUGAUACAGGACCUACGGGGAUCCGAUAUGACUUGGACCGGCACCAGUAUAACUAUGUGGAUGCAGUGUGUUAUGAGAACCGUCUGCAUUGGUUUGCCAAGUAUUUUCCUUACCUGGUGCUGCUACAUACUCUCAUCUUCCUGGCUUGUAGCAACUUCUGGUUCAAAUUCCCAAGGACCAGCUCCAAGCUGGAGCAUUUUGUGUCUAUUUUGCUUAAGUGUUUUGACUCUCCGUGGACAACGAGGGCCCUGUCUGAGACAGUGGUGGAAGAGAGUGAUACCAAGCCAGCAUUUGGGAAAAUGAAUGGCUCCAUGGACAAGAAGUCCUCCACGGUCAGUGAGGAUGUGGAAGCCACUGUUCCCAUGCUGCAGAGAACAAAGUCUCGAAUCGAGCAAGGGAUCGUGGACCGGUCUGAGACUGGUGUCUUGGACAAAAAAGAAGGUGAACAGGCCAAAGCACUCUUUGAGAAAGUGAAAAAGUUUCGCACGCAUGUGGAAGAGGGAGAUAUAGUUUAUCGCCUGUACAUGAGACAGACCAUCAUCAAAGUGAUCAAGUUCAUCCUGAUCAUCUGCUACACUGUUUACUACGUCAACAACAUAACGUUUGAUGUUGACUGUAAAGUGGACAUUGAGAGCUUGACUGGCUACAGGAUGUACCGCUGUGCUCAUCCUUUGGCUACUCUCUUCAAAAUCUUGGCAUCGUUCUACAUCAGUUUGGUGAUAUUCUAUGGCUUCAUCUGCAUGUACACGCUCUGGUGGAUGCUGAGGCGAUCACUCAAGAAAUAUUCCUUUGAGUCUAUUCGGGAGGAGAGCAGUUACAGUGAUAUUCCCGAUGUGAAAAAUGACUUUGCUUUUAUGCUCCAUCUGAUCGAUCAGUAUGACCCCCUGUACUCCAAGCGCUUUGCAGUCUUUCUGUCGGAGGUGAGCGAGAACAAACUGCGGCAGCUGAACCUCAACAACGAGUGGACUUUGGAGAAGCUGCGCCAGAGGAUCACCAAGAACUCCCAGGAAAAGCUGGAAUUGCAUCUUUUCAUGUUGAGUGGCAUUCCUGACACGGUUUUCGACCUCAUUGAGCUGGAGGUCUUGAAGCUGGAGCUUAUCCCUGAUGUCACUAUUCCCCCAAGCAUUGCUCAGCUCACCAGCCUUAAGGAACUGUGGCUCUACCACACAGCUGCCAAAAUUGAGGCUCCAGCCCUUGCCUUCUUGAGGGAGAAUUUGAAAUCUCUCCACAUCAAGUUCACAGACAUCAAGGAGAUUCCUCUUUGGAUUUAUAGCCUGAAGACCCUAGAGGAGCUUCAUCUGACAGGGAACUUGAGUGCUGAAAACAACCGGUACAUUGUGAUAGAUGGAUUGAGGGAGCUAAAGAGGCUGAAGGUGUUGAGGUUGAAGAGUAACCUCACCAAGCUGCCGCAGGUGGUGACAGAUGUUGGUGUGCAUCUUCAGAAGCUUUCCAUCAACAAUGAGGGCACCAAGCUCAUUGUUCUCAACAGCCUUAAGAAAAUGGUCAACUUGACAGAGCUUGAGCUGAUCCGUUGUGACUUGGAACGCAUUCCUCACUCCAUCUUUAGCCUCCACAAUCUGCAGGAGAUCGAUCUGAAGGACAAUAACCUAAAGACCAUUGAGGAAAUCAUCAGCUUCCAGCACUUACAUCGUCUCACUUGCCUUAAAUUGUGGUACAACCACAUUGCCUACAUUCCCAUGCAAAUAGGCAACCUAACCAAUUUAGAGCGCCUUUACCUGAAUCGUAACAAGAUAGAAAAGAUCCCUACGCAGCUCUUCUAUUGCCGAAAGCUUCGGUACUUGGAUCUCAGCCACAACAACCUGACUUCCAUACCGCCAGACGUUGGACUUCUUCAAAACCUGCAGAACCUCGCUGUGACAGCCAACAGGAUUGAGAGUCUCCCACCAGAGCUGUUCCAGUGCAGGAAGCUGAGAACAUUGCACCUGGGAAACAAUGUGCUGCAGUCACUUCCAUCCCGGGUUGGAGAGCUGACAAAUCUGUCCCAGAUAGAGCUACGAGGGAAUCGCUUGGAGUGCCUGCCUGUGGAGCUGGGAGAAUGUCCUCUGUUGAAACGCAGUGGGCUUGUGGUAGAGGAGGACCUGUUCAACACGCUGCCCUUGGAAGUCAAAGAGCGGUUGUGGAGGGCGGACAAAGAGCAAGCUUGAACCCCUGGAGAAAGGAGAAAAAAGCCUCUGACCAACUAGAAGGAAACAAAAGGCCAUUCCAGUCCCCAUUUCCCCAGGUCCUCCCCUUUCUCCUUUCCUAUCACUACCAGACUAGCCAAGGAGUCCCUGAACAAUCGCGACUGAAUGAGGCAACUUCUUGCCUCAGAUGCAGGACGGGGGAAGCUUGGGAUCAGGAUGAGGAUCAAGACAGCUUAGUUGGCCUCUGAGGAAGAGCCAGAGGGAGCAAGAGAUCUUGCUGUUCUUCUGGACAGGAAGUGAGGUGGAUGGUGCUGGUGAGAAUAAAUUACCUUUGAAGGAGAAAAUGAAAUAUGGGGUUUGCUGCAUUGCUCCAAAUGGGGCUUAUACGUGGCAGGGACUGAUGGUGUCCAGUGUCCUGCAAGCAAAGGUCAAGAGACUAGGAAACUCUUGAACCUCCAUCUCUUUCUGUGACACCUGGUACAGUUCCCCUCUGACAUGGAGAUUCAGUCAGUGAGGCCCCACAGUGGGGUGGGAUAGGAUACAGACAGCUGAUUUUAUCUAGAUGCUGGCAUUAAAAUUUGGGGGAUAAACUUAUCUUGGACAUCAGCUUGAAUGCAGGAUCUUUUUGGUUUUUUUACCAAUCAUGUUUUCCCCUUUACCCCCUGUACCUUCUCCUCUUGCCCCUGGAGAAGGAACCAGACCCCUCAGACUCUCUGCUCAUUUCAGCUUGCACUAUUUUAACAGUUUUAAGUCAUUUGUACUGAUGGGUAGAUCACACUUCUCCAGCUGAUAUGCUGGAGGCACUAACUGACACAGUUCCGGAGCUUUAGUGUGUUCUGAAAUGGGUGAUUUUAGUGGAAAUGGGAGAAAGAUCUGCGAAAAAAAGCAGUGGGACUGCCUAAUCCACUCUCCCAGAAGCAUUGAGUUGCUUCAGGAUCUGGCUUUUAAAGUUUUUAAGUUACUUUUGAAUUCCUGAUAUUUUGUACAACUGGUUGGUGUGGUGGGGAGUCUCCUGGGCUUGAAUGGUGUUAGUGGAAACUCAGUUUUCCUCUGCACCUUUUGCCUCCCCCCCAUUAAGCUGUUAGAUGCUUUGCCACCGUUUUCAUUAACGCAGUCUACAGAGCUGCUUGAUUGUUCUUUUCUUUUGUCCUCCUCACUUUAACAGCUGUCAGUUCCUGUUACACCUCUUGACCUAAAUAAGAGGCUAAUGCUGAUUGAAGUUGGUGCUGGAAAAGAAACUGGUCUUCCUGUUUCUUCACCUUUUCAUUCCCUCAGCAUUAAGGAGCAGUGUGAGAAUCCUCUGUGGACUGAGCUCCUCCAGGUCCCUGGGACAGAGCAGUCUUUAUUAAAACAAGUCUGACCUGUUUGGUAUUGUUUGACAAAACCCCAACCUUCUGCUCUGGCAGAGGUAGAUAAUUUAUCAUAGCUACUGAUAAUCAUGUCCUUAAGGUGGGAUGGUUAAAGCGUGCCCACAGUACACGUUAAGUCUGCUCUUUUCCAUCAGAAGGAAGAGGAGGCUCAAGGACCUGCAGGUCCUCAUUGUAAUACUCUGCAUCAGACCAACAGGUUGGCUCCAAGGUGGAGUGCUGCAAGUUGAGGCCUGAGAAGUUUGGAGGCCUCCCCUGGGUGCAAACAUGGGAAGCGGCAGCCAUAUCCCAAAAGUGCUUCCCGGCACGCUGCCAGUGUGAGGGCCUCGGCUUAGCAAAUCCUAGUGAUCCCUUGGAUGUUGAGGCAAUAAGGCAUGCUGCGGCUUUCUUCAUCAGAUGUAAGAUAUGAAAUAUAUACACUAAACAUGCUGAAACCAUGAAUCAUGUUAACUGGGCUCUGGAUUUGUUAAUGUUCAGAUGCUUAAAUAAAGCUACAUUAAAAUCUGGGAGAUCUGCUUAUAAAACUGCUUUUAAGAAAGACGUAAAUUCUGCCUCCCUUAGUCCAUUCAUUAUGAGAAGUUUAAACAAUCCAGAGAAUAAUGUAAUUAAAUCUCUAUCUGGAAGGCAAGGUACUCUAAAAGCUCUUCAUGUUUCGAACAAGGUUAGUGUUUUGAAAUUGUGUUAGAGAGGGGCUGCCGCUGAGAGGAUGGUGAAGUAUUGAUGCUGAUGUUUCCUGGAUUGUACUCGUUCUACCUGCACAAGCAUUUUGCAUCAACAGAGGGUAGAAAUUGCUGGAUGGGCUUAAUGCCGCUUAAGUAAAGUGGGAAUGGCUUUGGGCUUACCUACAGUAAUAGUGAGUGUGGAGGCUGUGGGAUUGUGGAGGAAACUUCUUUUCCUUACUCUGUGCCAAAAGGUUGUGAUGGCUGCAGAACAGAGGCUUGAACUCUGUUUUGCAUUCAAGGCCACUGGGUGACUGGUUUACAAUGUGUAUUUUAGGCUAGGCAGGGCUGACAGGGCAGGGCACCUCACAGGGUUUUCACCUGGCUUACAGGAGCAGAGGGCUUUCUUCUGUAUGCCUGGAUCAUUGUAAAUGACUCUUGAUUCCCAGUGUGGUCUUAGUUAUCCAAACUAAUCUUUACACAGCUAGGCUAGAAGUUUCUAUAAGCAGCUUCUGAAAGUAUGCUGCAGCGCUUCUAAAAGCUUGCAAGCCCCUGAGCUGCCGUGUGUCUUGGUGCUGAGUCCACAGGACAGGUGGGCAAUAGGCUAUUCUGCUGGAAGUCGGAAACUCUCCGGCUUCUGAUAAAUAACAGACCUAUUCUCCUGCUGCUUUCUGAGUAGAGACUGCUCCGUGCCUGAGGGCUACAAAGCAAUUACAGGCCAGGCCAGUACUGAUCAUGCAUGAAAACACUAGCUUUUUGCUGCUCUUACAAUAUUCCAAGCUCAGAUUUUUCCAGUCAGGGCUGAUAGGGCUUGAGAUGGCUUCCUGUGUGGCAAAAUUGGGAUGGGCAGCCUGAUAACCUCUUGUGCCAGAAACACACGUGGCACAGAAAUCCAUUGCCAUUCUGGUAGGCAGCAAUAUGUGUUAUUUACUCCUGAUAUGUGCUUCUUGGUCUUUCCUCAAAUAGAUACCGAUUCCAGAGUAUCAGUCUUGUGUGAUGAGAUGGAAGAAGCUUUAAAACUUCAAGGACAGGGUCUAAACCAUGAGGUCCUGAACGUGUUCACUGCUCAGGACUCCUGCAAACUCAGCCCACAGCAGAAUGAGUCACCUGCUACCCAUAUUGUCUGGAUUGCUCAGCCUUUGAAGGAUGAGCUUACAUCAACAAUCCUUCCUCCUUUGCAAGCAUGCAAUCAGUGUAUUUUAUUUAUUUUCCUUUAAAUAUCCAUCAAACUGAAGUUUAGGGGUUUUAUUUCUGACACUCUGUGCUUUCAGUAAAAAAAAAAAUAUCAACUUAAGCAGACAAUCAAGUGUCUGGUCAGUGUAGUGUUCUUCUGACAGGCUUUUCAAAGCACUUGAAUAGUAGCAAACCAGAUUAUUUAUUAGCUGCUAAACUGUACAACAACCUGAAUUCAAACCAACUGUUUCCCUAAUAGCACUUCUGAGCUGAAUGAGUUUUUGCGUAGAUCACAUACGCCCUCAUCCCGUGUCAAGACCGAAGGUUUGUAAGAUGAAAUUCUGCCUUUCCUGCUAAAUAUCCCCCAAACCUGCGACUGAUUAUUUGUAACCAGCUGGAAGGCGAGGAGCGCCAAACCUGUUACAUGUGUAAAUCUUGCUGUAUCUCUGAAACUAUGCACUGGAAUGAGCUGGAGUUGUUCUUUGUUUAAGAUUCUUUUCUGAUUUUAUGAUCUGGUCCCCAUUAAUUCAGCAGCUGGAAUCAAUUAACUCUGCCAGUCUGGGUGGUUAAAUGGCCGUUACAGGUGUCUCAUGAUGUGGUGUUCUUGGGUAUUAAUUGUUGCUUCUUGAUAAUAUCCUACCUCAUUUUUUAUUUUUUCUUAUUACCAUUUAUACGCUCCAUUUAGCUCACUGAAUUAAGUCAGUCCUUGGUGUUCGUUACCACAAGUAGUGUUAAGUGGCAUUCGGUUGCUGAACCACACUGCGAUUCUCCUUUUUUCCCUCCCUAACAAAUGAAUCUAGGGAUUUUGAGAACAAUGACACAUCCUUAGCAGAGGAUGAGGUGUAUGGAAGAAAUUUCAGAUAUUAUCGAUUCAACAGCUGUGGCACUGUUUCCUUUCUGUACUUUUUUGGAAAGGGGACUUGCGUGGUUUGAAUUCUUUGGGUGUUUUUAUUUUUUCAGUCCUCUAAGAGAGGGAUAACUUCUUUUUCCUCAUUAAUAGCUGUGCCUUCCCCAGCAAUGCAUUAAUGUAACUUCUCCACAGGGGCUCUCGCUCUUCAAGUGUAUUUGCAGUCAGCUCUGCCUGAAGCCAGAGCUGUUCCCUCUGGUUCUUUUUCUUUCUUAGCUUUUGGCCCGACUUCUCACUGACAAACAGUAUUGUCGUACUGUAAGCGGCAGAGUCAUCUACUCUGAAAUGUUACCCAAGGUAAGGCCGUGCGAGUGCUAACAAGUAAAACUAUUGCUUAAGCUUCACCUUGAUUUUUAUUUUUCUUUCUUGUUGCAUUUUAAAAUGAAUUUUCCCCCCACUGUUUGGCCACACAGUGGAUCCUGUGGGUUUACCAAUCAUGUGCCAAAACAGAGUUUUCUGUCCUACCUGCUUUCUCACAUUGCACGAAGCAGAACUGGAACUGGAGUAGAGUAUUGUUUGACUCUGACCUUUCCCCUUCCAUCCCUCCAGCUGCAGUGGUUAAUAUUCAACCACUUUGGCGGUAUGAAAUCCUCCUGAAAUCUCAUCUCCAAAAUCCCUUUUUAAAAGCAGCUGUAUUUGAAUUGCUGCGCUGCAUCGUGAAGGUGAACUUUGUGCGCAUUCACACAAAGAAAGGCUUAAUUUAGGAUUUCGGGAACUAUCCUUCCCUUCUUCCCUCGGUCUCCUUUAAAGGAAUUUUAUUGAACAAUGGGGGAGAUUUUUCCGUAGGAGCCAAUGAGAAAGGGGGCUUAGGAGCCCGAAUCUUUUACAGCUGACAGAUGUGUCCAUUUCAGUAAGACGCUACUCAUGGCUUAAACAUUGUUCACUCCCACUUGGUAAAAGUAGGAGCAGGGUUGUGGUUUGGCAUCGAGACCUGCGACUUGCUGUAACGUUUCAGAAUCAUGGCAUUCACUUUGUAAGUGGGGUUGUUUGGGCAGCUGAUCAGCCAGCACCUCCACCUUCAGCACUGAAGGCUGCUAUUGUUUUCUCUGAACGACUUGUAAGACUGGACACUUUAACAGAAUAAAAGUUUUAAUUUUUAA